AUGUUUGUGGAGAAGUGCAUAGAGCUAAUUUCCAGUGUCCUCAAGCAGAACAUGUUUGGUUCGGAUGAUGCUGGCGCUGCUGUGACUGAGCUUGACAACACCCAAAUCCGGCGCUUCCUACCUCAGACAUUCGAAGGCUAUGCCCCUGCUCUUGCCUUGGCAUUCUCCUCUGAAGGUCGGAACUCGCUUCUGGCUGAUCCAAUGGCAAGAUUGAGCUUUGGGGUAUAG